UAUUCGGGGUUCAUUUAUUCCGCUGCAAGUGCGGUUGAACGUGUGUCCCUGUUCCCUGGGCACUGAGCUUUCGGGGGAUCCCUCACCUUUGGCAGGCAGGUGGGAUGCGGCCCGGUGGGGCUGAGCGGAGACCCGGGGCGUGGAGCUGCCGCCGUCCCGGGCCCCACGGCCAGGGGGCGCUGCGACCUCAAGUCCCCCGGCCGGGGCCGGACUGGGGCGGGCGGCCGGGGAGCCGGCGCGGCCCGUGAGCAAAGGUUGGAGUUUUCCGCCCCCGCUCUCGCCAGAGGGGCCACGGCAUCAUGACGGCUGGAGCCCAGCUCCGAAGCAAGGCGGCGGGCAACCUCCUGCGCGGCGGGCCCCGGGGCCGCGGGCGCGCGAGACGGGACGAGGAGGCUGCCCCCAUCCUGGAGCUCCUGGAGCUGGGGGACGCGGCCGCGGAGGGCGCGGGGCUCCGCGGCGCGCGGAGGGUGCACCUCGCCGUCCUGCCCGAGCGCUACGAGCCUCUGGCCGAGCCCGCGCCCGAGGAGCAGCCCCGGAGGAAGUACCGGCAGAGGCUGAAGAAGUACGGCAAGAAUGUCGGGAAGGUCAUCACCAAAGGGUGCCGCUACCUGGUCAUCGGCCUGCAGGGAUUCGCGGCGGCCUACUCCGCCCCGUUUGGGGUAGCCACCAGCGUGGUGUCACUCGUCCGCUAGUGGGAUCUGCUGAGGCAGACGCCACAAGAACGGGGGAAGCCUCUGCUCUGGGACCAGUGCAAAUCCAAGAACAUUUCAGACUUGAACUCACAACAUACUUGGGGGAAAAAAAUUGUCUUUGUUGAACUGGAUGUGUGAUGAAUGAGACACCUCUGCCCAUCUGCUGAGCUCUUCCCGACUCUGGGCAUCCGGGGCUCUGGUGGACAGUUCUGCGGAGAAUUAGGCUUGUAGAAGCUCUGGGAUUCAGGUUGGUUUGCCAGCACGGGGGAGUUCACGUGAAGGUAGCAUGGGGCUGGUGUGGGGGCAAGCGCUUGGCAGAUAAGAGCAUGCUGGGUGAGUAGUGGGGUGGUGACUGGGGGGCAGAGAAAAGGAGAUGAGCGACUUGAUUUGCUGUAUGUUCCAGAAAAAGUUAGGCUGGUGGGGUGCUCAUGGCACUUGGCUGCCUCAGCUCCAGGGCAGCAAGGGAGCUGUUGUCUCCAAAGGCAUGUCCCCAUCUCCUUCCUCUGCCCCUUUGUCACCAGGAGUUUAAUUACAGGCUUGAGAAAAAGGACGGAGCAAACAUCUCUUUGAAGACGAGGUUGCUUGGAAAACUCUGUUGAUGAUCUGUCGUGACUGUUGAAAGUUUAAAACGGUGUCAGUUUCACGCUUCUGAGGAGCAGCAAGUUCAGAGGCAGGCAGGGCGGGUGGGAGAGGCUGGCUGAGGGAGUGCCCCCGAGGGCUGUGUGCCCAGUCCAGCCCGGCUGGUCCUGCCUCGUGCUUGCACCCAUGUGGCCGGCUGAUGUCGUGGACCUCCUGACCCAGCUGCCGAGCACCAUCAGCUCCUUCAUGUCAGGACGAGGAGGGGUGCUUCGCCUUGGGAGAGAGGGAGGUGCCACACCUGGAAAGGACAGUGUGUGAUUUAGAGAAGGAUCCAGAAGUAGGAGACAGGUGUGCAGGAUAGAAGCAAGAUAGGACGGAUGCUGGCCAAGAGAAGCGCGAGCCCAGGGAGGCUAGGACCCAGGUUGGCCUCCCAGCACUGGGAAAUCUAGGUGGGCUGCGAUUCUGACUCCCAGUAGGGGCCAGGGGAAGCUGGGUGGCUGGAGGGGCCACGGCUGUUGCUUGCAAACCCUCUGAGGCUCAUGAGCUCAUAUUGUCUGCCUUUGUAACAUCCUUUCCUCUUCUGUGCUGCCCAGUUUGACCUCAUCUCACGUGGAUUCAAAGGUUAUCAUAGGCAUGGUCCUGGGCUGGACAUUCCCCAGAUGACCCGUGGCCUGCCCCCUGGACCACUGGACAGGAUGGUGAAAGAAAGAGGGGAUCCCUCUUACUGUGUCCUUCUGCCAACCUCCAGGAUAGCCACUGUUCUGAUUUUGGUCCCAAAUAGCUAUUGCUGACCAGUCUGUGGGGUCUGUGGUGAUGCCUGUGCUGCCCAAGAGGUUUCUCAGGCCAAGCAGAGGAGGCCUCCACACUCAUGCUUUACCAGUCAAGCCCAGUCAGGUGGCAUCAGGACGCGGAGAAGGUGAGUUAGACGGACAGGCUGACAGAAGCAGAAAUGCGUGGAGAAUUCUGUAGGGUGAGGCUAAAUUCAGUGUCACGUUGUGGAGAUGAACUUGGAUCCAGUUCCUGCAUCAUUACUAUCUGUGAGGAAAAGAGAAAACAGAUGGUCUUGUUUCGGCUCAAAUGAUGAAAGUUGAGAAUGGCACAUUUCCACACAAGCUAGACAAUUACAGCCUGCCUGGCCACGCUGGGAGUCCCAGAAAGAAGAGGUGGAAUUGGAGACAGCAGAGCUUGGUUUAGUGGGAGUCAGGGAAGUGCAGCGUGCUGGUCACAGGGAAGGAAGACGGGGCUGGGGGGGUCUGGUGGGCUUGGAGGCGCCCCUCCCCGUUGCUCAGCGGUGCUGCCUGAGAAGGCUGUUGAGUCUCCUUGGGGAAGUCGGGGUGGGAACCCAGGAAGGGUCAGAGCUGUUGAGGCCUGUCUGAGACGUUCCCCACCCACCCCCCAAACAGAGGCACUGUAAGGUCAAGCACAUCCGGCCCUGAAAUUCUUGAAGUCUAGCUAAGAAUUAACCCAGAAAUUUUGGAAGUCAGACCUCAUGGGGGUUGUCCUGGGAGCCCCGUUCAUGUGUACAGAAGAUGAAUUCCAAGCUGUCGGUCAUUCCCCUGAGGCAGGGCACCCACAUUGCAGCCUAUAUUUUUGCCUUUUCUCUUCAAUUAAUUUUUUUAAUGUCAGGGUCCACACCCUACUGAGUCCCUUUACAGGCUUGACCAAGAGGCUUCUUUUGUAUCCUUUUCUUGCCCUGUUAUGUAAAUAAAACCCCCAAUUUGUUUCAUG